AUGGCUUUAACAUCUUCCUCUCAUCAAGCUUCUAUGAUCGUUGAAUUUGGAAAAAGCUUUCAUGUCAAACCAGAAACCACAAAGUUUUUUCUCAAAGAUUCGAAGCCAGUUAUUGAGCAUAUUAAUGAUUUUGAAUCGUUAAGGGUGAAUGGGUAUCAGUUGCAACAUUUCUUCAAAUUUCAAGGAUGGAUGGAGUACUUUUAUAUGUUGAAUGGGGCAACCUUUCCCUACUUGGUUAAAGAUUCCUGGGUAAGGGCUGAGAUUUAUGAUGGAGAUGUAGCUACUAUUGAAGAAAUUCAUAAGGUUACUAAUAAUAGAGAACUCAAAGGUAAGUCUAGGGAUGAAACGGGUUUUCCUGAGUUCAAAGAGGUGGGAAUCAAUUAUGCAUUGAUGGGAGUUGAUGUGACCAUCACUCUAAAUCAUAUUUCUAAACUUCUAGGCAUGGAAAAUGUUGGUAG